GUCGGCAUCGCGCUCCAUGUCGCAGGCUUCGGCCGAUGCGUCGCGGCAGGCCGUUCAGGCCAGCUCGAGCGCCGAGCAGGCCAUCUCCAACGCGAUCCGCUCCGCCUCGCAGAGCGCUAGCAGCGCGCUGUCUGCGAGCAUGGCGAGCCUUACGAGCUCGAUGGGAGCCAGCUUCUCGAGCGCCCUCGUCCUGGCCAGCCAGAGCGCGGCGGCCGCGAUGCGGUCGGCGGCGAGCGUGGCGCAGAAGGCGCAGGCAGAUGCCACCGCCCUCAGGGUAUGUCAUCAGUGUUUCUCCAUGCCGAGCAAGGUACAUAGACUCACCCGGUUCCAGGACCAAGCGAACAGCCAAAUCCAACAGCAGGGGGCGGCGCUGUCGGUGACGCAGACGGCGCUUGCAGUGGUCGGGGGCAUCAUUGGGUCCUCGCUACUCACGGGGAUUGGGUUCGUGCUCGUCCUCCGCCACCGCCGCAAGAAGCGGCAGCAACAGCUCCGCGAUGGCGCCUACGCAAACAUCGGGUACCCGCGACUCAGGGGCACGUCCAACAAGGCGUAUUCGGUGGCGUCCAACUGGAAGGACGACGGCAGCAGCACCUACAGCACGGACGAGAAGGGGCCCAAUUUCCCAGCCGGCAGCGACGACAACAACAAUAACAACAACAACCCCAACGACGGAGACGUGAUCAAGCAGCCGGCCGCCGCAGCCGUUGCAGGAGGAAGCGACAACACCACCACAACGAUAGUAACCAUCCCGAGAAAAACGGUCGGCCCCGGCGUGGGUUACGCAGUGAGCUACUACGGCCCGCCGCGCGCCAACAACAGCGCCGCUCGCAGCCAACUGGCGGCAACAGCAGCACCAGCAGCAGCAGCACCCUUCCAACUGGGCAACCCGCCCCCUCCCCGCUUCGCCGCUGGCGGCAGCGGCGCAGGGAAAUUCAGCUUAUUCCCGAGAGCCAAAGCCGGAACGACUGGUUUCAGUCGAAGCACCUCGCCGCCCGGAAACCGGACCGCAAGCGCGGGUGCGAAGGGAGGAGAAGAAUCAGAAUCAGAAUCUGCAACAACACCAACACCAGCAGCGCAAACCCAAACCCAAACCCAAACCCAAACCCAAACGACCCAAACCCCAAACAACAACCGACUGUCGUCGUCAGCCAGUGGGUCCGGCAUGGGUCGCCUGCACGCGCUUGUGCAAGGCAGGGAUAGCGAUAGCGCGAGCAGGGACACCAGGGACAGGGACAGGGCCGGGGGAAUGAUUGGUGGUGCUCGGCAGCCGCCGGCGGAAGGGGCGACGCCGACGCCGACGCCGACGCAACCGACGCUGGAUCGGUGGAUGCGCGACGGCACGACGGUGAGUCCGUUUGCGACGCUGAGGGCCCCCGGGGCGCGUCGUUCGUGAUAAGGAUAAGUGUAAAGGGAAGGAUUGGCUGUGGGAGUGUAGUGUACUGUGGUGGACAAGACGUUGACGUGUUGGGCUUGAGGA